CUCAGAUUAAGUGGAACCGGCUUCGGAGAACUUCAGGAACACCACUCAGUUUAAGGAAAAAUGAGGACGCACGUUAUCAUCGUUUUCUCUCUAGUAUUGAUUGUGCUGUUGGCUGACAUGUUUGCACAGGCUGAUAGCAACCGACGACGUUCCAACAACGGCGGCCGAGGCGGUGGCCGAGGCAGAGACGCGGACCCAGAAGAACGACAAGUAGCAAGGGGUAGCGGCAACCGACGUCGUAGUAAUAAAGGCAGAGACGUAGACCAAGAUAUUUUCACCGUGGACGACGACGAAGCAGGAUCUCCACAGGCAAGAUUUCUCCAGGAGGACGAGGACAUGGAAAAUGAUUGGUUUGAAGAAAAAUAAAGCUGUGAUGCUUAUCCAUGUAUGAGCGCUGUUUCAGGGACAACUAUAUGAUGCGACGGAUAAAGACGGAUGUCGACUGCGUUGCCAUAGGAUAUAGUUCUGUUUGAACACAUGAAACGCGUUUCCCACCGUGUAACGUAUUUAUGUUUUAGUAUUUAUUAAAUGCAAUUAUAUGAAAAUGUAA